AUGCUGCCCCGCACGAGGUGGUUGUACCUUGGGUUGGGCUUGGCCCUACGUCUUUUCCUCCUUGGAUGGGGCGCGUACCAAGACCGACAUGCUUCGCUGGCCUACACAGACAUUGACUAUGCUGUGUACAACGAUGGCGCGCGUGCGCUGUGGACGGCAUGCCCUCUGUCGUCGACGGUGUACUCCGACAACUACGAGGACGAAGAGGACCUGUUCAACAAGCCUGAGCUCGCUGCGCAUGUGCACUGUGCGCGUGGUAUUGUCCCUGCCGUCUCUCGAUUUGUGCUGCAGUACGACCCUGGGAAUGCCGAGGCAGAAGACCGCCAGCUGGUCGAUCGCGACUCGUUGUGGUCCUGGCCUCUGACGCUAUCGUUCUACAUGACACGCCCCCUCUUCCGCUUCUUUGCUUCGCUCGGCGACCCAUUUGCACGCGAGACAUACCGCUACACGCCCUUUUUGGCCCUGCUCAUGGGCCCUGCGCACAGCUUCGAUACACUUUGGCCAUGGUGUGGGAAGCUGUUGUUUGUGCUUGCCGAUGUCGGCUGUGCGUUGCUCAUGUGGGCCAUUCUUGACGAACGUAUCCUUAUGCAUGCGUUCGAGGCCCCAGGUCUGCGUACCUCUCUAUCGACCCACUUACCCGGCAUAUUAUGGCUCCUGAAUCCAUUCCCUGCACAGAUCGCGACGCGCGGCAGCGCCGACAGUCUUAUCGGCGUGCUAGUGCUUGGCACACUGUACUUGCUCAUUUGUGCCACGCCUGAAAUGUCACUCGUGCACACGCCCACGCCGCCUAAGGAAAAAGCGGCCAAGCACGACCCGCGGGAACUGCGUGUAGCGAACAGCAAUGCAUGGUACGGUGCUGCGUUCUUACUGGCGCUCGCCGUGCACUUUAAACUGUUCCCUAUUAUUUACGGCGCUAGCAUUCUCGCUCACCUCAUCAACUACCGCCGUCAUGCCAUUAUGCUGCUUUGCGGGAUUGAAAAGCCUCGACAAAGCGACGUCCUUGUUCUCGGCCUGGAAUUCACUGCGUUGGCUGCUAUUAUGUACAUUCUUCUCAAUACUUUCGCUUGGGCCGUCUGGGGCCAACCGUACAUUCGCCACGCCUUGCUGUACCACCUAGCUCGCCUGGACCAUCGACACAAUUUCAGCAUCUACUUCCUCCCGACGUACCUUUCGAUGACCACCGACUCGACUUCGUCGUGGUGGGCAUGGAUCGCUCCCUGGACCAGUUUUUUGCCGCAGCUCGUCACUGUGGCCCUAUCUGGUUUCUGGCUCGGAGGCUUUGACGUUGUGCUGGCCUGCAUGGUGCAGACCAUUGUGUUUGUCGCGUGGAACAAGGUGUACACAAGCCAGUACUUCUUGUGGUACCUGUGGUUUGUUCCGAUUGUGGGCGUCACGAUGCAUGUGCGCUCUACAUGGCAUGUCGCCACGCUUCUCGCGCUGUGGGUCGCGGCCCAAGCGGUAUGGCUCUCACAGGCGUACCGACUUGAAUUCCUCGCAAAAGACACGUUCGUGUACUUAUGGCUGAGCAGCCUGGCGCUGCUUUUUGUGCAUGUGUGUGGGGCUACGUAUAUCGUUCAGGCAUGGUCGGACUGGCGUGCACGGCAAUCCAUCGCUGUAGAAAAGUCGCAAUAA